UAGAAUUUUCAAGAAGGCCAAUCUUUGCCGUCUCUGCCUCGCUGGUUCGCUUUCAAUUCACUCAACUAGAAAAUUGUCACACACAAAGACACUAGCAAGGUCGUCCUAUUGUCCCAACGAAGCUUCUCGUCUCCUCUCUUUCUUUUGGCUUUGGAUCCUCACAACCAUAAAUUUUUGAGAAAGAGUCAAAAGCAACCCCAAUUUGACUGUGACUUUCCCUGCAGACCUUAAUUUGGUUUUUUUUUUUUGAUAUAUCAGACCUUAGAUCUCUUUUGUUAUUUUCGCCAUCUCUUCUGCUAUUUGAAACUCUCUCCCUCUCUCUCUCUCUCUCUCAAUUCUAACUAAAAUGGAUGAGCAGAUCACCCAUGUGAUGUGGUGCAAGCCAUCAUCAUCAUCAUCAUCAACAUCAUCAACAUCAACAUCAACGGCAUGGUCGGUGUACAGAAGCAUCCUUCCCUUGAUCUCCUUGGUUUUCCUAUUACUACUGUCAGUACUGCAAACAGCUCUAUGCGCAGACGACUGGCGGUUUGAAGCUUGUGGUAAGAAGGUCCAAUGCGGUGAAGGACCCAACAUUAGUUACCCGUUUUGGAUAUCUGGUCAACAAGAAUCCCACUGUGGCUUUCCGGGCUUUCAGGUGACCUGCAAGAACCAGCAGCCCACCCUCAAUUUAUCCACCGUUAACUAUGUCAUCCUUGAUAUCUCCUACCAAAAUCAAACUCUUCGACUCAUUGAUGCCAAAGUUAGAACAGAAGGCGGGUGUUCAUCUCAAGUUCAGAACUUCACCCUGGAUCGCACACCCUUCCUCUAUGGUCCAAACCAUGAAGAUCUCUUCCUCUUCCUCAACUGCAAUUACUCCUUAUUCCCUUCUGGAUUUUCAGAUCACGAAAUCAAUUGUAGUUCUGUUCACUCUAUGGCGUUACUCAAGGACGAUCUCUUGUUGAAUCAAGUAAAGACUUCCGGGUAUUGUGAUCCGCCGGUAAUCACACCAGUUGACGGAGACAGUACCGGAAUCGCUGCUGUUCAUGGGAAGUCUUCAUAUUAUACAAAUCUGUUGAAGGAGGGGUUUGAUUUGAAAUGGAAUGCUUCUCACUGCACCAAAUGCCAAAGCAGCGGUGGGCGCUGUGGGUUCAAUUGGACCACUUACUACUCCGUCUGUCUGUGCCCUGAUCGCCCACACUUGGUUCGAUGCAGUAAUUUUCGGUUUGGGAGCACUCUAAAUUUGAGAAAGAAGCUUGUAAUAGGAUCAAGCUUUAUCGUUGCAACUAUAUUAGCAGCAAUUCUUGCAUACUUCUUGAGAAGGAAAUUAUCAUCAAAUGGACUGAUGUCAUUUUGGAAGAAAAGAACAGAGAACACUCAAAAUGUUGAAGCUUUUCUAAGGAGUUAUGGAUCCUUGGCACCGAAAAGAUAUAGUUAUUCAGAUAUAAAGAAAAUCACAAAUUUGUUUAAAGAAAAAUUGGGCCAAGGUGGUUAUGGUGGUGUAUUCAAAGGGAAGCUACCCAAUGGUCGUUUGGUUGCAGUGAAAAUCCUCAAUGCCUCUAAAGGUGAUGGAGAAGAGUUCAUUAAUGAGGUUGCAAGUAUUAGUAGUACUUCUCAUGUUAAUAUUGUGACUCUACUGGGUUUUUGUUUUAAUGGCUCCAAAAGAGCACUUAUCUAUGAGUUCAUGCCCAACGGGUCUCUUGAGAAGUUCAUCUACAACAAGAAAUCAAUGAAAACAUACCAUCACCUCAGUUGGGAAAGACUUUAUCAAAUUGCAGUUGGCAUCGCUCAAGGAUUAGAGUAUUUACAUCGUGGUUGUAAUACUCGUAUUGUGCAUUUUGACAUAAAACCUCAUAACAUUCUUUUAGACGAAGAUUUUUGUCCAAAGAUAUCUGAUUUUGGUCUUGCUAAAUUAUGUCCUGCAAAAGAUAGUAUCAUAUCAAUGGCAGAUCGUAGAGGUACCAUAGGAUAUAUUGCUCCUGAAGUGUUCUCUCGGAACUUUGGAGAAGUUUCACACAAGUCGGACGUGUAUAGCUAUGGAAUGAUGAUACUAGAAAUGGUUGGAGGGAGAAAGAAUUUUGAUAAGGGAGUUGAUCACACUAGUGAAAUUUAUUUUCCGGAUUGGAUCUAUGAACAUAUUGGAAAAAGUGAGCUUUUACAUUUAGACAUGGUUAUGACGGAAAAAGAAGAAGAAAUAGUCAGGAAGAUUAUUGUGGUGGGUUUAUGGUGCAUACAGAUGGAUCCAACAAAUCGACCACCAAUCAACAAAGUGGUGGAUAUGUUUAGAGGAAACCUUGAAUCUUUGCCAAUUCCCCCCAAGCCUUACUUAUCUUCUCCUUCAAGACAACUAGUUGAUUUUUUAACCAGAUCAACAUCUUAAUUGCUUUUAUAUAUAUUUCUUGUAUGUGAAAUUCUUCAUUUCUCAAGAGAAUUGUGUAUUUUUCAUGGGGGAAA